AUGACCAGCAAAAUUAUUGAAACUCGGCUCUUCAUUAAUGGCGAAUUCCGCCCCUCAUCCAAUGAGGAAACCUUUGACCUUCCAUCUGCCCGCUCCGGUGAACUUUUGGCGAGAGUAUAUGAGGCUACGAAUGAAGAUGUAAAUGAUGCUGUCGCCGCAGCCAAGACGGCGUUCCCCGCUUGGGCGGCCUUGUCUCCGUACGAAAGAGGAAGGUUUCUUGUGAAAUUGGCUGAUUUGAUCUCUGAGUCCCAUAUAGAGCUAGCCCACCUCGAAGCAGAGUCCAUGGGCCGACCUGUCUCUAGCUAUUUCGAUGCUGUCGCAGGCUCCAAGUGGUUUCGCUACUUCUCUGAGGCGGCGUAUCCACAAGGAUCCUCAAGUCUGAAUACGCCAGGUUACAUCAACAUCACAUUAAAGCAGCCAGUUGGUGUCGUUGCAGCCAUCAUUCCCUGGAAUGCACCGCUUGUCUUCCUCUGCAAGAAACUGGCCCCGGCGCUUGCUGCAGGCAACGCCGUAGUACUCAAGAGCAGUGAAAAGGCGCCCUUGACGAGUUUGUACGUCGCGGACCUUGUCAAAAAGGCCGGAUUUCCUCCUGGAGUUGUCAAUAUUCUAUCGGGUCACGGCCCAGGCGCCGGAGCUGCGCUCGCUUCGCAUAUGGAUGUUCGUGCGCUCUCGUUCACGGGCUCAAACCGAACCGGUAAACUCAUUUCAAAAAUGGCUACCGACUCUAACAUGAAAAAACUCAUUUUUGAGUUGGGCGGCAAAUCCCCUGCCAUUAUUUUCGACGAUGCGGACGUCGAUACAGCUGCCCGCGACACGCAAUUUAGCAUCCACCUUAUGAGCGGGCAGACUUGCAUGGCAAAUUCUCGCAUUUACGUUCAUCGAAAUAUCGCCGAACGAUUCUUGGAGAAGUUUAAAACCGCAUUCACUUCCAAUCGUAUGGGUGACCCGACAGAUCCCAACACCAAUCAAGGACCACAAGCCGACAAGAUCCAGCACGCUACUGUGCUGCGCUAUAUUGAAAUGGGCAAACAAACGGGAACGCUGGUCACGGAUGAGCAGUCUGCCCCUGGUUUCUUCAUCAACCCUACAAUCUUUAUAGAUGUGCCAGAGGAUUCGCAAAUCAUGAAAGAAGAGAUAUUCGGGCCCGUGGUCACUAUCAACACUUUUGACACUGAAGCCGAAGCAGUGGCCAACGCCAACAAUACCGAGUAUGGUUUGUAUGCGGCAGUUUACACGAAAGACCUAGACCGAGCCAUGAGAGUCGCUUCCCGCUUGGAAGCUGGCACCGUAGGUGUAAACUGUACAAGCCCGACAAAGGGGGAUGACACGCCAUUCGGCGGGCAGAAAGGCAGUGGAUUGCAGAGAGAGAGCUAUCUUCACAGCAUCGAGACAUUCAUGGAGACGAAAUCUGUUUUGAUCAAGGUGGUCGGUCUCUGA